CUGUUGGUCAAGCUGCUUUUGCGCAAAAGAGACGACACAAAUUUCAAUUUAGAAUUUUAUAACCUUAAAAAUGAAAUAUUUAUGUCCAUUCGAAAAGUGUUCAUGUGAAAUUAACACGCAUUAUUCUUUCAUUGACCAUUUACAACGAGAACAUAAGUAUAAGCCUCACGUAGAAGAAUUGACUUUCACUUCCAUAGAUGAGUUCACGAAGUGGAGAUACGACUUGAGAAAGAAAUUCCUCGUGCAAUACAGUCAGAGAGGCGCUAUAAAAGGAAGAGGAAAGAGAACGUUAAAGAAAGAUUUCUUGCUUUGUCAUAGGUUACAAGUGUCAAAUAAUCGAGUGAAAAGUCCUGGAGAACGGAAACGUUCCUUGAAAUCGCAAGGAUCUAAGAAGACUACUAGGUCAUGUCCGUCACGGCUGGAAGUCACCUACAACCGAAAUUCGACUUUGUCAGUGAUAUACUGGAAGGACCAUUUUGGCCACCAAAAUGAGCUGACUCACUUGAGGAUUGAAAAAUCCACUAGAGAUUAUCUUGCAAAGAAACUGCAAGAUGGCGUCUCUAUCCAACAAAUUUUGGCUGAAAUCAGAGUGAAGGGACUUGAAGACGAUCCUCGCGCUCUACUCAUAUCGAAAAGGGACCUUCUCAACAUAGCUAGAGACAAUGGUAUCACUCAUGUAGUUGGAGUAGUUAAGAAGGAUACUAGUGUAGUGAAGGAUGCUACUAGUGUAGUGAAGGACGCUACUAGUGUAGUGGAGGACGCUACUAGUGUAGUGGAGGACGCUACUAGUGUAGUGCAGGAAGCUCCUAGUGUAGUGAAGGAAGCUCACAGUGAAAUAGAGGAAGCUCUCGCUGCAUUGAUGGGUCUUCCCAGUGAAGAAAAGGAUUCUCCUAGUGAAGUGAAAGAGGUAGAUGAAAGCAGCGUCGCUUCUCGAUCGAAAUCUCGCAAAGAUUUUGCACUAAUGUUGAACUCGCAAGUUGAAGAGGAUGUAAAGUUGUGGGUUGUCGAAAUGAUUGACCUUAGAGACCAUUCGCCAGUCAUAUUCUACAAACAGCAGGGUGCUUAUCAUCCCAAUCUUCACCUCGAUGCAUUUGUACUAAUUUUAAUGACAACGUAUCAAGCCAACCAAAUCUUGAAAUUUGAUAGCUCGAGAAUUUUUAUUGAUGCAAUCUAUACUAAGAAAAAACAACAUGGUGUCAGUAUGAUUACAUUGCUUACCAUAGAUGAGGCAGGUCUUUGUAGUCCUGUAGCCUACUUUUUCACCAACAAUUUAGACGAGAAUCAAAUUACAUUGUUUUUUGAGACAAUCAAAGAAAAGGUUGGAACGGUGAGCUGUAACACUUUCAUUUUUGAUGAUACACCAGUAUUUUAUGAUGCUUGGUGUAAAGUGAUGGGUACUCCUGAACAUAAACUGUUGUGCUCCUGGCAUGUGUUCAAAUGUUGGCGUGCGAACUGGCCAAAGUUGAAAGGGAGUCUAAAAAAAAUAUCGGUAUUUCAAACUGUCAAGAGUUUAUUAAAGUGUUCGGAAGAAGAUAAGUUCCAAAAUAUGAUGUCACAAACUGUGGAAGCUCUUUUGAACGAUCCAGACACCGUAAAGUUCGCAAAGUAUUUUUUGAAGAACUUUGCCACUAGACCGAAGCAAUGGGCUCUUUGCUUUCGCACCCACUUGAGCAUAAACACCAACCUGUAUUUAGAAUCUUUCCAUAGUUUAUUGAAAGAUGUAUUUGUUGAGGGAUGCAACGCAAAUUGUCUGAUCACAAUUAUCAAAGCUGUCAUGAAAAUCGCUCGCGAUAGUUUGUUCAAACGUUUGUUUGAACUUUCUGGUCACUCGGCCUACUCACGGUUCCGUCAAAUUGACGCUUCACACAUGGCCAGUGAAGCAAUAGCUCCAUCUGAUUUAACAGUCAUUAAAGAAGAGGAGGAAUGGGCUGUUACCUGCUCCAACGAAUCAUAUAUUGUCAACAAAAGUCGGACCAAAUGUGAAGAACCAGCCUGUACUAAGUGCAUUCAAUGCGACAUCUGCAUUCACAUAUUCAAGUGUACAUGCACUGAUAAUCUUAUCAAAACUAAUAUUUGCCAACAUAUUCAUGCCUGUUGUAGGGUUUUCAAUCUUUGUAUCACACCUAACCCUGUAACGGAAAGUAGUAAUGCAGCUGUGAAGCGUACUAGCAAAUCCAACUCUGUUAGACGAGAUGCAGUUGUGAAACGUGAUGCAAUUGUGAACCGUGAUGCAGUUGUGAAACGUGAUGCAGCUGUGAAACGUGAUGCAGUUGUGAAACGUGAUGCAAUUGUGAACCGUGAUGCAGUUGUGAAACAUUAUGCAGUUGUGAACCGUGAUGCAGUUGUGAAACGUGAUGCAGCUGUGAAACGUGAUGCAGCUGUGAAACGUGAUGCAGUUAUGAAACGUGAUGCAGUUGUGAAAAGUUAUCUUGCUGCUCUGAAUCUUAAUAGCUCCUCCCACUCUAUUAGUCGAGACGCAGUUCUGGAAAAUUAUGUCAUAAUCGAGGAAAAUUGUGAUGAAUUUGAGGAAAGUUGUGAUGAAGUUGAGGAAACUUAUGAUGGAGUUGAAGAAAGUUUUGAUGCAGCUGAGGAAAGCUGUGAUGCAGUUAACGAAAUUUGUGAUGAAGUUCAGGAAAGUUGUGAUGCAGUUGACGAAAUUUGUAAUGAAGCUGAAGAAAGUUGUGAUGCAGUUGAUGAAAUUUGUAAUGAAGUUGAGGAAAAUUGUGAUUCAGUUGUAGAAAUGUGUGAUGUAGAUUCCAAUGAUUUACACGAGUAUUUAUCACUCAGGAGGAAGCUGAAUUCAAAAAUUAAGAAUGAAGAAAAAGUUUUACAUAAAGUUAGGAUGAUUGCAGAUUUGAUAGGUAAGGGAAAACUGAAUGAUUCCAAUUUCAAACAUGUGAUAAAUGGCCUUGAUGGUGUGAUCGACUUACUGAACAAAAGUCCACAUUCAAAGUAUGCAACUGAUUGGAGAAAACUGAAACGUUCCAAAAGUGUGAACAGAAUCAUGCCGAAAAUUGGGAAAGAAAAUGAUCACUCAUAUUCAUAAUAUGUUAUAAUCAGUCAUAACUCCAUUUCUUCAGUUACCAGAGGGUCAUCACAAUAGUGAGAGGCCAUCCACAGGUUGGCACAGAGAAACUGGGGAUUUUGAAAUUAAUCUUAAGAAAGUAUGAUAAAUUAAAUUCUAACGUUUAAUGGUGAACACAAUGGAUUUUACGUGACCCAAUAAAAAUGUUAGCAAUUCUUUGACAAAUUUUGUUUAGAUGAAUCUCAUAAAAUCAUAAGAUAACCAGAAUUCGAAAAAAAUGUUGCUAUUUCAAUUGAAGUUUUCAAAUAGGCCGUACAAAAUCUCAACUUGUGUUUUCAGGAAAACAUUAUUUGUUGAAAUUAUUAUAAAUUUUGUAACAUUGAAAUUUCUAUAUUAAAAUACUAAAUGGCGAGUUUUUCUGUUGAUGGUUCUGGUUGUUACCAUUAAACAUGGGAAUUUAAUUCAUCGUACUUGAAAAUAUUUCAAAAUGUUCCAAUUCCCUCUGCCACUCUGUAAAUAAUGGCCUGACCCUACUUUUAAGUUAUUAUCUACUUUGAAGUUACUACUUUUUUCAAAAAAGGUGGUUAGGAAUUUCUCAAAAAAUGUAAUUAAACUAUAUAUUUUUUCCCAAUCUAGUAUUAAGAAAAAUUACGUUUCCACCUGCCUGAAGAUAUGAUAGUAUCCAUUGUAUCGAUAUUGUAUAAUCAAUUUGCAUUGAAUAUAAUAUUAUUCUAAAAAAUGUCAAUGAUUAACAAGAAGUCAGAUAGAUUAUCCCUCAUGUUUAUGUAUAUAGAUUAUUCCCUAAUAGUUCAUGUAGAUAAUGUAAAUUACUCAUGCACCUUUGAUAUUAAGAAAUAAGAUUUUGUUGACACUCAUGGUCGAUCCAUUCAGUUCAUCCAGCAAUUUUUUCGUGGAUUUGGGCCAUGAAUGAAUAUUUUCAAAAAAGUUUUUUUUACUAAUAACUGAACUGUUUCUAUUAAACUCUGAAAUUCCUUAAAUGAUAAUAAUUAUCUUUAAUAAUUAAAUGAUGAUAAUUAUCUUGGUAAAAUUCAAGGUUGAAAUCAUGCAUGUAUAUUAUCCCAGAGAUAUUAUGAUUAUUGUUCAUAUUUUUAUAUAUUAUUCUGUGUUGGUACUGUAAUGCUGAAGCUAGUAUGUUUUUUUUUUGAAAUCUGUUUACAUGGUCAUAGAUCACUUCAUAAAUCGGAUAAUAUUGAGAAUUAUCAAUAUAAAUAUUGUUUUUAGGUGUGUUUCAUUGAUAGUGUUCAAUAGAAUUAGUCUUUAUUGUAUUUAUUAUUUUUGGUAAUGUUUUUUCAAUAUUAUCAUUGUAAAUGGAAUUUUGAGUUUCUGUCCAAGUAGACAAUAUAUUAUUGUUUAUUGAUAGAAUUAUUGUGAAUAUUAUUAAUACAAUUAAUUGAUUGUAGAUUAAUAAUUAUUGUGCCUUCACAAAUGACUUCUGUAUUCCAUGGCAAUAACUCUAAAAUUUUCUAAAAUAAAUUAUCGUAAUAAUGAA